CCAGCCUAAAUUUCUCAGCCCAAUUCCUCUACUAGUCUUUCCCAAAUUUCUACUCUUUUUACGCUAUUUUUUAUGGAUUUGAUGGAAUAUAUACAUUUAUAGCAUGUUUGAGAACUUGAAUUUAAUUAGAGUGCAUUUGAAUUUGGAGCUCUAAAUUUAAAUACUUUGUUUGUUUUUAAUAAAUGCAAUACCCUUACUCCUCUACAACUGUUCACGGUCCCUGCGUUUCUACACCGUUCAGGUUCCCGGUCGCCGCCAUAUUCGUUAGAUUUGGUGAAGUGAAGCGGAGGAGGAAGAACGUUGUUGGUGUGGACCGUAUCUCCAACUUGCCUGAAUCCAUCAUACAUCGCAUUAUGUCCCUCCUUUCUCCAAAAGAGGUAGUCGGAACCACUGUUUUGUCCAAGAAAUGGUAUCAUUUCAACUUUCAAGGCAUCAUAUCCUGUCCUGAAAUUCAAGGAAAUAAAGUUUAACAGGAAUCCUGAAUGUCUGAACUAUUGUAGAGAAGUGGUUUAUAAAUCUUUAUAUCACUUUAGCCAGAAUAAGUUAGUGUCUGAGGCAUUUUGUAUUGAGAUAGUCUCGCCUUCACUUUACCCUGAUCUUCGUAGCUGGAUAGAAUUGGCUUUACAGAACUAAGCGAAAUUGUUAGAUUAUUGUGUCCGUACCCAAUUCCGUUUCUCCCAGGACUAGCAGUCAUAUCUUCUCCCAGCCAUUAUUUUCUUCAAAAACUUUAACCAAUCUAAAGUUGAUGUGGUGUUCUUUGGACCAGCCCUUAUCUGUAUUUAGUUCCCUUAGGAAGUUGUCUUUGCGGCAAUGCCGUUAAAAUGGCCCAAUAAUUUUGGAGGAUAAUGACUGCCCUUAGCUUGAGCAUUCAGUUCUCAAAGCCUGCUUUGGUUCCGAGCCUGUCCACAUUUCUAAUCUUCUUCGUCUCCACACUGUUUAUGUUAGUUAUGGUUCCUAUCUCUUUGAGUUAAUGAUUGCAUCUCAAAGAAUCCAAAGUGUUUAUAUUCAUGCCAUGCACCGACCUCGGUCAAUGAUCAAUAUUGAUGGUUGUGAUCGCCUGAAAUUGUUAUAUGUGACGUCCGAGACAAUUACAGAAGCCUAAAUUUUUUGGCUAUUACAACUGGGUAAUAGCCGCAGCAUUAGCCUCGUUGGGCCAUUGGCUUCUGAAUGGGCGUUGUUUCAUGGAGAUUUAUCAUAAAAGAAGUGGACGCUU